UGUCGUCAAGUCGCACAUUGACCGAAUCGCAUUGUUCGCUUUAAAGAUUCUGCUGAUUUUUUAAUUACGAUGAGAAACUGAGCUGAGUGAACGAUUUUUUUAAGCAUGGAAUAAAUGAUGGACGAAAAUUAUCUGUCUUUAAAAUGUCGAAUAAUUAUUCAGUGCGUUUUAUCAUCAUUGGGAUCUUAAUCUUUAAUUUUGCAACGCGACUACACUGCUUCCCUUUCAAGGAAGAUGUAGAAUCUAAUAAAACUAAAGUUCAACAAGACAAGAAAAAUACCAGCGGAAAGAUUACAAAGAAUUUGGAAUAUAUUAUACCAUAUACAAAUAUUGAAAUUUCUGGGAGUAAUGAAGACUUUCAAGCGCAAUCGUUAUCCAAAGUGAGAGAAUUUUUAACCCAACAACUAAGUAAAAUGAAGCGUAGUCCAAUAUCGGCUGGAAUUUACUUAAAAAAUGAUGGUACGCUAAUUUCUCGCGAUUAUUAUCCUCAGUACAUCAUGUCUGAUGACAGUGAGGAGAAAAAUCAAAAAGAAUUUAUAGAUUCUACGGAAAUACAAUUUGAGUGUGUUUGUGACGAUGACAGUACGGAAUGUCAAAAAUGCAUUCAAUUUGAAAAUGAGAAAAGAUUAAAAACUUUAAAUUCGAGGAAUUUAAAUCUCCAUUACUCGGCUCCAGAUACUAAAAAUAAAAUCAAUCUUCGACAAAGUCGAACACAACCAAUGAAAAUAAAUAUUCCUUUUACAAAAAAUAUUAUGAUGAAGGGUAAUAAUAAUAAAGGUAUAGAAUCGCAGAAGUAUUUAUUUCAACCAAACGAAGAGACGGUACUUCAGUCACAUGAAAAUGAUUUUUCCAGCAUAAACUCUCCGUCACAUUCCUACGAUAAAUUUAUAGAAAAUAAUCCAGUUGCGAAUUAUAAAAACAGCAAAGUUCAUGAUAACAUUAAAUUAAUUGCUCCAAACAAAUUGUCCAAACAUAAAGUAUAUGAGAAUCCUAUUUUUCGAACCAAUCAAGGAUCAAAACCAGUAAAUCCAAGAUCUACGAUCACGGGAAGUGCAAGUCAAGUAAAUAGUGAAGAAGACCAAGAUCAGUUCGAUUUACAGGCUUUCAUAUGCAGUAUAAUAAAUUGUUUGGCCUAUGGUAACAAAUUUAAUUCGAACUCUAAACUGAAUAAAAAUGCUGCUGUCGAUAAAAAGAUACCAAUUAAAAACCCCGCUACUUCGAUUGAUUGCUCUACAACGACAAAAGCACCAACAAUUGAUGUAGCUGAACAACCAAAAAAUGGCUCAAUAAGUCCCGAAAAAAAUAAAGCUAAUUAUAAAAGUCGAUAUUUAGUAGAUAUUAAACCCUUGACUUUGGACGAUAUUGAAAAAUAUAAUUUAUCUGAACCAGAAAUAAAACCUGAACAACCAACAAAAACUGUGAAUAAUUCAAAUGCUGAACUUCAAAAUCAAAAUAAUAAUACAUCUUCAAAUGAAACAAUCCAAAACGAAGGUGAAAGGUUAAAUAAAAUUAUUGCAGAGAAUACUAUAAAAAAAAUAAUCAAUAAUUUAGUGCCCGGUAAAGCACAAGAUCUACUUGUUAAUUAUGCUAACGAAGAAAAUUUACCGGAAAUCGUCAAUACGACAGAGGAAUUAUUGCCUGAAAUUCCAAAUGUUCCAGUCUUGAAAAAUCUUUUUGCUGUACCCGAGGUUGAAAAUAUGAUUUUGGAUGCAGCUAAUGGUUUAAUUGGUCAAUUACUCGAUAGGCCUGUAACGAAUGAAAUGCAAAAUUUGAUCAAGAAUACAUUGCACGAUAUAGUUGAAACUAUACCUUUUCGAACCAACGUUGAGUCUUCGCAAGGGAAAAAAUUCAAAAAAAGUGUGUGGAACGAUGAAGUGAAGGGCUUUCACGGCAACAGCACGGACGAAAAUACGCCUCCCAGAGAAGUUUUCGAUAUGUUGACAGACAUUUUAAAUAAAUCUGAAUUAGGUAUAUCUUCGGUCGCUCAGCCAAUUGCCCAAAACUUGAUAGUCAAGGCUACAAAGUAUGCUCUCGACAAAAAGCGUGGAGUAAUCGAUGAAUCGACAAUUGUACAGGCUUACAAUUUGCUCGUCAAACCAAAAUAUCAAUUAAAUUCACAGUUCAAAAAUUAUCCUAAUGAUCUUAGUCCUAACUCUAGCUAUGUUGGAGCUCCAAAACUAUUGGAUCAAAAGAUUACUCAACCAAAAAAUCCCUCCAAUCCUGAUAACGUUCAAAUCAACUGGCCAGAAUCGAUAUUUUCAGACAAUAGCGAAGAUGACAAAACAAUUCCUCUAACACCAAUUAAAGAAAAUGUUCUUACACAGAAUGGUUCAUCAUAUACUAUCGAAAAACCUUUGCAAAACGAAUAUCAAGAAUAUGACGAAGACAAGAAGAAAGCUCUGGUCGAGAGAAUCAAACUUUUAACAAAAGACCAAGUUACUGCACCGACUGAUAAGAACUCGACUACCGGUAUAGGAUUCAAUGAGCAAUUGAAAAAGGAUAUUUUAGAUAAAUUUGAAGAACAACACCCGCUCGAUAAUGAUAGUAAAGAUCCUAAAAAACAACCAAAUGUAACCGUUAAAGAAGGACCGGAUAUUGAUCAAGAAAAAAAAACAUCUAUUUUGGAUAAAUUGAAGAAAAUUAAUCCUCAAACCGUUGAAGAUAAGGUACCUGGAAUCAAUGAUGUCUUAAAAAAAGCUAUUGUAAAAAAUUUGGACGAACUACUUAAUGUGACUACCAUUAAACCGGAAACACAAAAUCCUGGCAAUAGAUCCGAAAUAGAUUUCGAAAAUUCAAAAAUAGUGGCUCCAACAGAAAUGGAAAUUAUACCAGCUGCAAGCAUGAACGAACCAAUAAAGUAUUACUCAAAUGAAGGUGUUUUGGCAAAUUAUCAAAAGUUACAUCCUCCAGCGGAUGUUCCAGUUAAACAGUCGAUCGACAAAGAUUUCGCAGGAGAAUCAAGUCAACUUAGUAGAAUGACAGUAGAUCCUGAUUCAGAAUUGGAUGAAAUAAAAACGGAUUCAUUAGAAAUUGACCGAAAAAAUAUUUCAGCCCGAGCUAAACUUCCUUCAUACAUGGGUAAAUUAGUACCCAUUGAUAUGAAUAAAAGCCUUAAAAUUGCACAGGGAUCAAAAUUGGAAUUCAUUGGAGAUGGAGUUCGCUUACCUUUGACCGUGCGCCGUAUGUCCGACGGAAGUUUUACUUUAAUUUUAAAUGAUGAUUUGAUCGAUGCUGAUACUAACAUUGAUGUUUCUUUAAAAUUAAAGAGGCAAAUAAAUUCGAUAGCCCAAGUGAAUACGACUGGAAGACCCCAUGAAAGAUUAAAAAACCGGAAAAAACGUGCUUAUACAGAAGCUGAUUGGGAAAGGAGCCAAGAGGAAAUAAAAGAUUUGUCGAUCGAGGAAAUUCAAUCCAAUCAAAUACCAAAACCUGAUGUUGAUUUUGUUAUUCGUAAAAUGAAAAAAUUACUUCAGAGCCUAUUAAGCAUGACGAAGAAAUCAUCGGCACGAACCGAACCGAUCAUUAAAAAAGAAAAAUAUCGAUCCAACGAUCGUAAAGACUACUAUCGGUCAGUCAAUUCCAACGACGACACUAUCGUAAUUGUUAAAUCGCCGUCUUUUCCUAUCAAAGUAGCUUACGAUAAACCUAAAGUUAAUCUUUUUCAAAAAUUACGUGAAAAGCGACGACAGGUCAAUCAUAUUCCCUCGCAACGAUUCAUAAAACCCACACUCAGCUAUCAGCUGAGUAAUCCAUUUAAAUUAUUCAAUAGCAUUGAAAAGUGGAAGCAUCCAAACGGAUAUACCAAGGAUAAUUACAUGUAUCAAAAAAUAGCCAAAGACGACCCGAUCGUGGGUACGAAGACAGAAGUAGUGCAAGAUGUGCUUCAGCUUGUGAAAAAUCUCGCGAUCAAUGUACCGAAAAAAAUCAAUCAUAGCACUACAUAAACAUUAUUCAGCAUUUUAAUUUAAUUAAGUCUACAAGAUAGAUAUCAAAAAAUAUGAUAAUUAAUACACAAUUAUAAUAAAAGAAUUGAGUAUAUUUUCUAUAAGUUUCGGUAUUAACUUGUAAGAGUAUGCACGAAUCAAUAAAAAGUGAAAAAAGUGUAAUUUGUUCAAAUAAUUAUUUAACUCGUUAACCUCACCUAAAAUAUAUUCGAAAGCAAAUUUUAAUCUCAUUCGCGUACGUACUGAGCGUCACAUAACAACUGUCAUGUUUUGACGCAGCA